AUGGACUCGAGAGAAAGUAAAACUGCCAUUAUUGCAAUCCUAGAGAAAUGUGAAUCGAUGGGAUAUGACAAGAAGCAGAUCAAAGAGGCUCGAAAACAGUACAGUUCUAUAAUGAGCAAUCCGCUUAGCUCCUUUGCUUCGGAGCUUCAGGCAAUUCAAGAAAAGAAUAAGAAAACAAAAAUUGAACCUCAACAUAUACUGCCAGCAUAUAUUAAGAAAGCACCGGAUCUCUAUCAUAUCAUUAGUGAUGCUUGGGGAAACAGACGUGAUAUUGCAGAUGACGCAAUCAAGGAAUUUUUCUUCAUAAUGCAAACAUAUCAUCGUUUAAAAGAGGAUCUUCCUAAGCCGACGACAAGUGAUGAAACAAAAAGUUCACGUACAACGACUGCUAGUUCAUCAGUAUCGUCAACAAAACGUCUCUCAACAAACUGUAUAGAGACUGUGUUAAAACGAUGUUCAAAGAAGUAUCAAACAGAUCUUGUGACAAAAGCCGAAGAAGAAUUUAAAAGACUAAAAAGAAUAGACAAGGAGUGCAAAGAUCGAAAGGAUUUGGAUAAACGUAAAAAUGAGUGGCACAUGAAGGGUUCAGAUGGACCUGCAGAAUUGUUGCGAUCUAUUCCACAGCCAGAAAGACCGCUUCAUAAACUUCUUCAACACGCAAAGGACGACAAUACGAUGGAGAGCGAACUAGCUCUAUUAGAAUACGCGUCUCUUCUUCACUCAGAAACUCUGUUUCAGGAAAUGGAAUGUCCAAAGGCCAUGAGUGAGCACGUAGCUAGAACAAGUACAUCUCGAUCUGUUAGCUGUCCAUCAGAAAGAAUUGGCAUCGGUGAUAUAUUGAAAAAAAUGAAAAAUAUUGUUAACCCUGAGGUGUAUAAAGAAGCAAGGGAGGAAUAUCAGAAGUUACAAGACAUAGAAAAAAUGAUAGCACGGGAUGACAGUUUGAGAGUUAGAAAAGACAACUGGAAAUUUCAUGUACCUGAUGGAGCUUCGGGAUACAUUAACGUGGAAAUUCCUAAUAGACCUCUUCACAUCGUCUUAAAUCGCGCACAGAAGGAAGGCGUUCAAGGAAGCAAGUUCGCUCUGAUGGACUAUGGAUCCAUGCUUCACUCAGAAGUUCUCUAUGACAGUAAGGACAAUAUGCCCCAGAUGGUGCAAAUGCCACAGGAAAUAAAGGAUACGAAAAAUAUUCAGACCGAGCAUCGGGAUCUUAAAAAUAUUAGAGAAAAAGAGUUUGUUAGUAGGGCUGCUGAUGUAGGUCAAGGGCAAAGGGAAUUGAAUAGAUCGCAAAUCGAUGACGAACGUAUAUUUAUGUUACAACAAGAAGUCGACAAGCUGAAAGAGCAGCUCAAUAUAAAAAACACAGAAAUUGAAGACUUAACAACAAGAUUGAGUCAAGCGGCGAGCAAUAGUCUGAUGUACAACAACCCAAGCAUAGCUGAUCUGAGUGAUAAAAAUCGUCCUACAAAAUUAGGAGAACGCUUUGGACAGCUUUACGACAACGAAUGGUCUGAAGCCUACGAAACUCUUAAGUUUUCAAUACAGUCAGAAAAUGCCGUAUACUCUAUUCUUGCUGAUAUUGUCCAGGAUAUAUUCCGAUAUUGCGAAAAGGCGUUAAAACAGCAGAUAGCAGACAUCAGACAUGAUCUGGAAAAAAGAACAAGGGAGCCACGGUUUCUGUACGAGGUCAAGUCAUUCUCUGGGAUUGGAAAAACGGAUGAAAUGUUGAGUUGGAUGUGUGAAAAAUAUGCUACCGAGUUUCAGAAAGGAAAUGCUGUGUAUUCAGUGCAAGGUUUGAUCAAGAUUUAUAAAGAUUAUUGUAAACAUAGACAAUUUUUAAGGACUUAUCCUGGUAUUAUGGAGAAGAUAGAGCCUUAUGUGGACCUUACAGUUGAGUUGUGUUGGUUGAUGUGUGCGCAGACCCCUCCGAUGCAGCUCCUUUUUGUAACUAAGAACGACAAAGUUGAUAAAACUUACUUCCGGUGUAUGGGACACUCUGGAGAUAAAGUUGAUAUUUGUAUCUGGCCUGCAGUCUUACUCCAUGACGGUGGCCCGGUUGUUAUGAAGGGACAAGUAUUACCUUUGUAAAUCAAGAUUUGCAGUAAUUUAAUUUAUAUUUUUUUUUUAUUAUUAUUUUUAAUGAUUACCUUUCAGUAUUUACU